UCGUAGACAGUCUAAAAACAAAAUGGCGGACGGAACUAUGAAAAGAUGGCUUCUGUAUUCAAAAAUGGAAUAURAGGCUUUAGAUUGUUGAAAUAUCUAAAUUUCUGACGAUCUUAUAAAGAGRAAGUCUUGGUCUUAUCAUGGGUUCCUUAAAUGACGUCUGGUUGCAAAAGAUCAAGGAGUUUCGUGGGCUUUAUUUGGGCGAGAAUCUUGAAGUGACUGACAACUUUCUAUUGGAUAGCYUUGAGGCAUUGUGCCGAGAAAACAUUGCAGAGUAUGUCAAGCUGCAGAUCUUAUUCGCACUACAAGAAAAGGUAUCAAGCAUGGUUGUGGAUACGACAAGUAUAGAAUGUGCUGUUGGAUCACUGAAAGACAUGUUUCUACACCCAUCUAKUAACCCUUCACAAUUAUACCUCAGUCAAAUACUGGUGACAGGAUCCUGUCUUGUCAUUUCUUCAGAUCUUCUCGUAAAGAGCAGUGACACUUUUGUUAAAUUUGUUGGAGUUUUGACAGAUGUUAUAGAGAAGGUGAACAGUCUCCAUAACUUACUUGUCAGAAAGACAGCUUGUGAGUGCUUAUGGGAGCUAGAGCUCAACUAUCCUGGAUUGUUGCAGUCUAAGUUAAAUUAUUUCUACAAGCAUUGUGAACAUGAAUCCAGUCCUAUUUUCCAAAGCUAUCUGAUUUUGUUUGUCACUGUUCUUCACCACACCAUUGAACAUUUGGCUUCAAAAUCAUAUGCAUUUUAUGGUCUAGAGACACAAAGCUUGAAUAAGUUGUUAACUGAUCACUCUGAGCCAAUGAAGCCACUGGUUCUUCCCUCAAAUGUUUCAGGAGAAACCUUUCCACUUGCUCUUCAUUCUCCGCCUUGUGGACUUCCAUUUUCCUACCUUCCUGAGAAAGUAGACUCCAAGGAACUCAAAAGAGCUGUAUCAUUCCUAAUGGAAAACAUUGGUUUUCUCAACACAACAUCUUUGUUUUAUGUGAUGCUUGAGCUUAUGCACUGUGUCAAGCUUGCAGGACUAUCACCAAUUACUUUCAAGUCACAGUUCAUUCAGUGGCUUCCUUCAACAGACAUCUGUGUUUUCCAUGUGCUACUCUUCAUGAAGCUGAAGUUUUCUGUGGACAUGUUUCGAGAAGAAGAAGAUAUGCAACUGUUACAAAGGCUUUUGGUAUUAGCCACUCAGCCAACUUUACAAUCCGAUCUGCGACUUCUGUCUUUUAAAUGGCUGAUGCAUUUCCCAGAGGAACUGUGCAAGUCAGGACGUGCUCCCACCGAGCCUACAGCUUAUGCUUUCUUCAUCGAUGAUCUUCAAAUAAGGAAUUUCUAUCCCACCAGUUUUGACAAUAUAGAUAUAAUACAAGACAAGUUAAAGCUUCUUUGCCUGUAUUUGUGGUCAAAUGACAUUCAAGAAACCAAUGUGUUGAUGGACUGUCUCUCCCUGAUCAACAAACAAGUUCUCCUUGGUGUUGGCGGGAAAAGUGUGCGCGCACUUUUCCGGUCAUUAUUAUGGUAUUACACAUAUCUUCACGAAACCUCCCUUGCACAAGACAUAUACAGACUUAUCAUGUCUGUUAUAACAAAGCACCCAAAGUUCAUGCCUCACGUGGUUGACUUCUUAGAUACUGUUACUAUGGUGACCCCUGACAGUCCAUUCCCAAUGGACCUGCUCAGAGUGUUGAGCCAGCAUGUAGUGUCACAGCCUGUGUCAGCAGUAUUACCCAACCUUCCACAUCAUUUAAAGCUUCUGGCACAAACCAUGAGAAAGUCUACCAUCGAUCCAUCUUCUACCGUCCAAUUUCUCAAUCAAAUCCUCCAAACAUCAGAAAUCUCUAGUCAAGGGAGCUGGAGCCUUGGUAACGGUAUCCUAGCAGUUUGUCACAGCAUUCUUUUACAUCAAGACACGCGACAAAUAGUAAGAGAUCUUGGAAAUCUACUUUUAUACAUGUCAACCACAUAUCAAGACAUCGAUAUCAGGGAUCGUGCAAGGUUUUACUAUUCACUUCUAGCGAAUGUGUCUAGUAAGAAGGCUUCUAAGAUACUCACCUCAGACACUACAAUGAAACAGUCUCUGACUGUGAUGGCGGAAGACAUAACUACAACUUCGUUUUCUACUGCUCCUCCUGUACAACACAUCAAAACUUCAUUUUUAAAGAUAACAAGAAUACCGAAGGAUGUUUUGGAACCCAAGAAACUCGCUAGUGAGGCAGUUGAAUCCACGCUGGACCUCCAGCCUUACGGUCUCUUGGGUCACUACUGUAAAAUGAUCAACGAUAACACAUGGAAUAGGGACAUAUCUAUCGACUACUAUGUACAUUAUGCUGAUCCACAGAUUCUUACGUCUGCGCCCAGCAGAUUAUACGCACUUGUGUUACAGAUAGACGCCAACAAAACAUACGAACCUAUACAAGAUAUCCACAUUCCAUCACUAUCUGCUGCAAAUUCCUCCGAACCAAAAAGAGGAUGUCAGAAAAUUAAAGUCAAGUUUACACCUMGGGAACCAGUCCCUGCUCGAUUUGACGUUCGUGCCGUGUUUCAAAACGAAACUGGAUUGACGUGUACGAUGGCUUUAGAUCAACUCGAAAUACGAUUCUCGGAUCUAUUUUUACCCCUCACACUACCCGAGAUGUUUCAAAAGGAAAACAUGGUUAAAACAAAAAAAAGGCUCUUUACAGACUUGUGGGAGAGUGUGAAGGAUAACCAGAAAACAAUUGAAACACUGUUCAACAAUGGAGCCAUGUCAGUUGUCUGUCUGUCCAUGGAAUGGGGAAAAACUCAAAACUUCCUACAGAAACAGCUCGAGUCCUUCAUAAUCGAUAGCAAAGAUAACGAGGUUCACGUAGGAAUAUUUUUGCCUCCUCGUCAGCAUCUUCUACUGAAGUUGACCACGCGAAACCAAAAGACAGUCGUCGCCAUAGCGACAGAUGACUGGAAAAUUCUGGGACUUGUGGAAAAGUACUUAAGGGAGGUUGAACUAGACGCUGUCGCAAUCCAACAUGGCUGCCGUUAAGUGAUAGUCGUAAUGCAUUAUGGUAUAGGUUGGGUGCCACAACUCUCAACAACAACAACAACMACCUAACCAACCAACCAAUUCAAUUUCAAUUGCAAGAGUAAAAUCAAAUUUCUUUAUGAGAAAAAAUAGGGGGAAAAUGGCAAAGAUCAAAAUAUAUUAAAAAAUGAAAAUGAAGCUACAAAGGUGUGUAGAUACAGGGAGAGCC